CUGACCCGACCUGUGCUGGUAGUCUAUAUAAACCCCAUCCAGCAAGAGAAAGUCAACAAAACCCGUCCAGAUUCAGUAGCUACCGUCAAACACGCUCAACAAGUCCACGGACCGCGCGCGCCCGGGUUAUGAAGCGAGAACAAGCACGAAACAUCACAAAAUAGCCUCGUCUUUGCGAUGCACGCAGACUUCUUCCAGAUGAAGCAGCCACUGCUCGGUUUGGUUUGAAGCGAUGGAGUCGUUCGCUGCGGCGGUGAACGGCGUGUCUCACACCGAGGACCCGUUCUCCGGACCGCUCUCCUCCAUCGCACCCUGGAACUACCGAGUCCUGGCGGCGCUGAUGUUCGUGGUGACCUCGGUGUCUCUGUGCGAGAACUUCACCGUGAUGCUCGUCACCUUCAGGUUCAAGCAGCUCCGACAGCCGCUCAAUUAUAUCAUCGUCAACCUGUCUCUGGCGGACUUCCUCGUGUCUCUGAGCGGAGGGACCAUCAGUUUUCUCACCAACUUCCACGGUUAUUUCUUCUUGGGCAGAUGGGCUUGUGUUCUGGAGGGAUUCGCAGUCACCUUUUUUGGCAUCGUGGCUCUGUGGUCUCUGGCCGUCCUGGCGUUCGAGCGGUUCUUCGUCAUCUGUCGGCCGCUGGGGAACAUCCGUCUGCGAGGAAAGCAUGCAGCUCUGGGUCUGCUGUUCGUCUGGAGCUUCUCCUUCGUCUGGACCAUUCCUCCCGUCCUGGGCUGGAGCAGCUACACCGUCAGCAAGAUCGGCACCACCUGCGAACCCAACUGGUAUUCGGGAAACUUCCAGGAUCACACCUUCAUCAUCACGUUCUUCACCACCUGCUUCAUCUUUCCUCUCGCUGUGAUCAUCGUCUGCUACUGCAAACUGCUCCGGAAGCUCAGAAAGGUGUCUAACACGCACGGCAGGCUGGGUAAUGCCAGGAAGCCGGAGCGUCAGGUGACUCGUAUGGUGGUUGUGAUGAUCGUGGCCUUCAUGGUGGCCUGGACGCCGUACGCUGCGUUCUCCAUCGUGGUCACGGCCCUUCCCAGCAUCCACCUGGACCCCCGGCUGGCAGCCGCUCCGGCGUUCUUCUCCAAAACCGCAGCGGUUUACAACCCCAUCAUCUACGUGUUCAUGAACAAACAGUUCAGGAAGUGUGUGGUUCAGCUCUUGAGCUGCAGAGACGUCACCGUGGUGGAGGGGAACAUCAACCAGACCACCGAGCGAGCAGGACUGACCAAUGAGAGCAACACAGGAGAGAUGUCCGCCAUCGCUGCACGCAUCCCAGCGGCUGGAACCGUCCCACCCAAAACAGAAGAGCCUCCCAACGAACGCAGCUCCUUCACACAAAUUCCCAUUCCUGAGAACAAAGUAUGUCCGAUGUGAAGACACACCAACAUCUCUGUUUGUCACUCGAACUUUAGUCUAAAUGACCUUCAUCCAGCCUUAAAUUCUGCAGCUCGUGCACGACAGACGGACAAUGUUAAAAUCACAGGAUAAACACACUGAGACAUGGUGUUGGGGACAAAACAAGGCUAAGGGGUGAUAUCUUUUUGUUUAUUUUAAAGCAACAGUUUUGUUUAGCAGCAGUUUCACAAAUAUGGAUGCAAAACGUUAAAACUGAUAAAUCUGCGAUGCAAUUAUUAAUUUGUUACAGUUUAAGUGGUAACACUUCAUUAGAAGCCUUUAUGUGUAAUGCAUUAUACAUUUUCAUAAAUAAAGUUAAAUAAGUUCAUUUGAUGGUUACAUUUGAAACUGAUCAUGAAGUUUGUCAUGUGUUUUAAUGCAUAUACUUUCUACAAUAUAACACUGGUUACAAUUAUUCAUGAUGUGAUACAAUGCAUUAUAAGUUAGUUUACAAAGCAUAAUUAAUGCACUGAAAUUGUUUUAUCAUGCAUUUUAUAAUGCAAAUGUAAAAAAGGAAAUUAUGAG